AUGAAACUGACUCAGGGGUCUUUUCUGUGGUACCUUUACAUGGACAAAAUCUACUGUUUGCUGUCGUUGAGAAACGUGAAGGCUUUGAUGGAAUACUUUCACCUUCUAGACGUGCACCACAGGAACACCUUGAAUGAUGUGUUGUUCUUUCAUUUCCUCCGCCACGUGACUAACCUGAGAAGCUCACAGAUCAAGAUGAUAUUCGACCUCCUAGACUGGACGGCUGUAGGAGAGAUCGGUUUUGACCAGUUCUACGUGCUGGUUUGCAUACUGCUGGCACAUCAGAACCAUCUGGAAGAUCACUUUAUGUACCGCCAUUCCCGGCCUGUUUUCGAUCUGCUUGAUUUGGACGGGGAGUUGAAUAUAGGUGUGACCAAUUUCCAAAACUACAGGUUUCUCUUCAAUAUUAAAAAGCAGGAACUCCGAGACCUUUUCCAUGAUUUUGACAUCACAGGUGACCGACUACUCAAUUACAAGGAAUUUAAGCUGUACACAAUCUUCUGCACGGACAAAUCCAUAGACAGAAAGAAAAGGAGGAAAGAAAGAGAGGAAGUGAGAGAGAAAGAAAAAGACAAAAGGAAAGAUAAAGAGAAGUAUCUUCAUCUCAAGAAGUUGUAUUCAUCCGUGUUAAGCCACAGGAGUCUCCUGUGACACAGAAGUGAGCAUGACUAAUUAAAGUUAACAUGGCCAC